AUGUCUGGUAUUAACCUUAUCAAUGCCGAAGACCUUCUAACAACUGAAAGCAAAUGUAUUGGAGAAGGAACUUMUGGACAGUGCAACUUAAAGAGAUUCAAACGGAUUGGCAAUCAUUUGGUGGUGGUAAAGACUAUGAAGUUCAAGAGAAAAGAAGAGGUGAUCAAUGAGGCAAGGGCACUCCAGUCUCUUGCGAGCGAUAGAUUUCCCUUCCUAUAUGGAGUGCAGCUCGCUCAAACCCCAUAUAGUAUUGUUAUGGAUUUUAUCGGUAACUAUGAAACUCAAAUUUCAUCCAUGUUAUAUCAGGUUGUUGCCGGUAAAGAUGAGGUUUACGUGAAUAUGAGGCGACAAUUUGAUAAAAAGUCAUUUUUGAACUUGUGCAAAGACGUGUCUGAAGGGAUGAGUCAUCUUCACAAAAUCGGAAUCCUUCACAAUGACUUGAAGACAAACAAUACUUUAGUCAAUAAUGGCAGAGCAUUUAUAAUUGAUUUAGGGAAAGCUUGCGAGGCCUCUAGCCCUCCUACGGGGAAAAAAUACUCUACUACAUAUCUACACAUUGCCCCAGAAGUACUUAACGGUAGUUGUGUUUCUUACGAAAGCGAUGUAUAUUCGUUAGGAAUUAUCUUUAAUUUUGUUAGAAAAUUGUGUAAUAUUCCUGAACUUCGAGUAAUCGAAAAAAAGUGUACUACUCGGUCUCGCGUAAUGAGACCUAACUGUACGUUUGUCAGAGGUGAACUUAAUGACUUGUUGAAAACACAAUAG